UGCAUUGUUUCCCCACCACAGUUGCAAUGUCCGACACUGCGCUGAGCGGCGACGACGCUGCGCUCCAUCAUCACCCUCACAGCAGCGAUGAUCACAGCGACGACCAGCCCACCAGCAGCAGCACCAACAGCAGCAGUCAUACUACUCAUAGUCAUAGUCAUAGUCAUAGUACCAGCAGUCAUUCGUAUUCCGCUGCUGUUGCUGCCGCCGCGAAUGCAGUGCCGGACGUGGCCCAGCUGGUGCUCGCAGUGCUGCCGCGCUUCCUCGUUACGCCCGAGGUCGCCCGCAUCGCCCGCUCGUUCGACGCCACGGCGCACAAGAUGCUCGCCAAGCACCUCCACGAGCGACCCUCGGCCACAGUGUUUGCCGUGCUGCUUGCGCUCGGAUCGCUCGUCCCGGUCUCCAUCUUUAUGCUCUACCUCGUAUUUGCCACCUUCCUCCUGCUGGCUGGAUUUCUGCUCGUCGAGUGCGCAGCCAUCUUCAUUGGGCUGGGAUUCCUGAUUGCCACCGUCAUUGGAAUUGCCGCGUUCUGCUUUGGAACAACCGUCUUUAUCGUCACUGCAACCUGGGCUGUUCGCGUGAUUGCAGGGCUGCUCGAGAUUGACAUUGCUGCGACCGUUGCGAGCCAACGCAUUGUUCGCACGCGCGCCGCUGCUGCUGGACAACAGCCAUUCCGUCAUCAUCAUCAUCAUCAUCAAGAAGUGCCACUGCUCGCUCAACAACUGCAGCAGCAGCAGCAGCAGCAGCAACAGCAGCAACAGCAGCGACAGCCUCAUGUUGUGCAUCUCCAGCGCUCGCCCAUUACGAUCGAGGCUCGUUCUACCAACGGCGAAUGAGCCAAGAUUCGAGCUCUCUUUGUUGCACGUCCUCAUUCUCGUCCUAGUCAUUGUUUUCCCUGCAUCUCUGGCGCUCGCCCCAUGACAAUCGAUCCGAGUUCUGCUAUUCCCAACCCCCGUCCUCGUUUUUGUUAUCGUUUUUUGUAUUUCCCUAUGCAAGCUGCUGCACGACACAGUUGUCCUUUGAUGGUGAAUCUGAAGCUGCUCGAGUGCAUGCUUGCUUGCUUGUCGCUUUCCACCGUGUUUUUGUCGUGUUUGCUGUGCGUGAAUAUCACUUUAGUCGAUUCUCUG